GUUGAACUAUGAGCGGGCGCACACAGUAUGAACCACCAGGUAAUCCGUUUGAAAAGGCUAUUCCUCAAAGAGAAGCGGCAUUACUCAUUACUCAACUUGUUAAGUUUCAGAGCUCUUAGCAUUCCUUAAAGAAAUUCAGAAUGAAAAUCAAAACGGUUAGAGGAAAUUGGAGUUGGAGAACGAACAAGAUCGCGUUCCCUUCUGUUUUCCUCUUAUGCAUCUUCUUCUUCCUCGCUGGAUUCUUCGGUUCUACUCUCUUCUUUCAGUAUCACUCUCAGGAAGAUGAGCAUGGACUGAGGCAGAUUCAGAGGCCGAGGACGACGAGGUUGCUUGAGAAUUUGACUGAGAAGGAGACGGAGUCGCAUUUGUUGCCUGCUGGAGAGACCGGUGACAAUUUCAUCACAACGAUUCCAUUCCAGGUUUUGAGCUGGAACCCUCACGCUCUAUAUUUCCCUAAUUUUGCAACUGCAGAACAAUGUGAAAGCAUAAUUGAAACGGCAAAGGAAGGACUGAAACCAUCAACAUUGGUGUUACGUGUGGGAGAAACAGAUGAGAGUACAACGGGAAUCAGAACAAGCUCUGGUGUCUUUAUUAGCGCUUUUGAAGAUAAAACGGGGGUUUUAGAUGUCAUUGAGGAGAAAAUUGCAAGAGCAACAAAAAUUCCCAGGACUCAUGGAGAGGCAUUUAAUGUCCUCCGCUAUAAGGUCGGGCAGAAAUACAGUUCUCAUUAUGAUGCACUCCAUCCUGAUAUAUAUGGUCCACAAAAGAGCCAAAGGAUGGCUUCAUUUUUGCUGUAUUUAUCUGAUGUUCCGGAAGGUGGGGAGACCAUGUUUCCAUUUGAGAAUGGAUUGAAUAUGGACGGUAGCUAUUAUUAUGAGAAAUGUAUUGGUCUAAAAGUAAAGCCACGCAAGGGGGAUGGACUUCUAUUUUAUUCAUUGUUCCCUAAUGGUACAAUUGAUCCGAUGUCACUCCACGGGAGCUGCCCCGUAAUAAAAGGGGAGAAGUGGGUAGCUACGAAGUGGAUACGGGAUCAAGUACUGGAUGACGAAGAUACUGUAUUCAUGCCCAUUCCACCUCCACCACCUUUAGAGAGAUAGGAAUAUAAGAAAAAAAUGUUGAAAUAUGAUGUGAUUAUAUGAAAUGAAUGGUAUCUCGAAAAUAAGAAUAUUCUAUUAUCUAAUUCUUACAGAGAUAGUAGUAUUUAUGUCA